GAACGAGAUAAUGACACUAAAUUAUAGCUAGCUAUUUACUUGUUAUUUUUUAAACAAGCUAGUGUAUUAUAUUUUUUUUCAAUUUUUUUAAAAAAAUGGGGUGUUGUUGUUCAACUCAUAAAAUACCGCUUCAGUCGCAAAAAAAUUACAACGGAAAUUCUCAAGAAAUAAAGUGUGAAGCAUCGUCAAAAAGGCAAUAUUAUGAAGUCACACACGAGUUUAAAAUUGAUAAUCAACGAAGCAGAUGACUAAAAUAUUGUGUAUUUGAAAGAAUCUAAUAAAAAUCACGACACAGUUAAAUAUUUGUUUAUUUAGUAAUAUACAAAAAAAAUGUAAAUGUCACAUUCACAUAAUGAUAAUAAAAAUAUAAUAAAACAAUUAUUUUCUUCAA